AUGCGCCUGCUACGACGCAACGACUAUGGCGGAUACAUCCUGCAAGAAUUUGUAGGGGAGACCGUUCCCCGUUACGCCAUCUUGUCUCACACCUGGGGGCCAGAUCAUGACGAAGUCACCUUCGCAGAUCUCGGCAAAGACACAGACACAUAUAUUUCCAAGCCAGGUUACAAGAAGCUACGGUUCUGUGAAGAUCAGGUUGCCAAAAAUGGCCUCUGCUAUUUCUGGGUAGACACCUGCUGCAUCGACAAAUCGAGCAGUGCAGAGCUCACCGAAGCGAUCAACUCCAUGUUUGCCUGGUAUCGCGAUGCCGCGCGAUGUUACGUUUAUCUUUCUGACGUUUCAGCUGGCACCCCAAUUAGUGGAUCAUCAGACCGACAAGAAUGGUACCCUGCUUUUCAGCAAAGCAGAUGGAUGGCCAGAGGAUGGACGAUCCAAGAGCUACUAGCUCCCGCAUCGGUUGAAUUCUUCUCAGUCGAAGGCCAGCGACUGAAUAACAAAUACUCGCUUUUGCAGGGACUCCACAGCAUCACUGGAAUAAGCAUCGAAGCUCUUCAAGGAAGUCCGUUAGUCGGAUUCAGCAUAGAAGAGCGCCUGUCGUGGGCGCAAAAACGCCAGACAAAGCGCGAAGAAGACAUGGCAUAUUCACUUCUGGGUAUCUUUGAUGUAAAUAUACCGCUUAUAUACGGAGAAGGUCGGAAGAAGGCCUUUGCCCGACUGCGUAGGGAGAUCGACUUAUCCGCAGAUGGAGGGCCUUCAGAUACACCUCAGAGCGACAUCCCAAAAGACCAAAAUGAAGACUCGCGGAAGUAUAAUGAACCUGUAUUCAAUCGGACUAUAUUAGGGAAAUAUGUGGUAUCAGGAACUCAUGUCACAGGCGGUAGUACAGCCAACUUUAACUUUGGAGAAGAACGCUAUGUUCGCCAUUGA